GUGUCCAGUUCCAUGUAUAAUGUCACCAGAUCCUGUAGGCCUAUAUGUGUAGCAGCAGUGUGCCUCUGCAGACAGACGAGCAGUGACCAGACACAGGGAAACUUCACUAUGGCUCACAUUCAGCUCCUGACAAAAGUCAAGGACUGGCUCAAGAUCCAGAGCCUCCUGGCCCGACAGUGCCUGGCAGAGUUUCUGGGUGUGUUUGUGCUCAUGGUCCUCACCCAGGGCGCUAUAGCCCAGGCUGUCACCAGUGGAGAAAAGAAAGGCGACUUCUUCACCAUGUAUUUGGCUGGCGCUUUGGCUCCUGUGAUAGCCACCUAUGUGGGUGGUAAUGUCUCAGGGGCUCACCUGAAUCCAGCCUUUUCCCUGGCCAUGUGCCUCCUCGGACGCCUCCCCUGGGCCAAGUUUCCCAUCUACUGCUUCGUGCAGAUACUGUCUGCUUUCUGUGCCUCUGGAACCACCUAUGCUCUCUACUAUGAUGCCCUGCAGAACUAUACAGGAGGGAACCUGACAGUGACUGGCCCUAAGGAGACAGCUUCCAUCUUUGCCACCUACCCUGCUGCCUAUCUGUCCGUGAAUAAUGGCUUCCUGGAUCAGGUUCUGGGCACCGGGAUCCUGGUUGUGGGCAUCUUGGCCAUCGUGGACAAACAGAAUAAGGGAGUACCUGCAGGUCUGGAGCCUGUGGCAGUGGGGCUGCUGAUCCUGACCAUCGGGCUGUCCAUGGGUGUCAACUGUGGAUGCCCACUCAACCCUGCCAGGGACCUGGGCCCACGACUUUUCACCUAUGUGGCUGGCUGGGGCCCUGAAGUCUUCAGUGCUGGUCAUGGCUGGUGGUGGGUGCCUGUGGUGGCCCCUAUGGUGGGGGCCACCCUUGGCACAGCCACAUACCAGCUGCUGGUGGCUCUGCACCACCCCGAGCCUCUGAAUUCACAGCCAGCUCAGGAUCUAGAGUUUGUUCAACAGAAAGCCCCGAAUUUGUAAACAACUGCCUCCAAUGAGAUGCCAUAGCAUAAGCUAUGACUCUGACACAACAGCCUACUCCUACCUCCCCCAUGGACACUGAAGAGGGCCAGAGACCCAGACCUGGCGACAGCGGGCUCUGGGAAGCUUCUCUGUUUACUCACCUAGGCUUCCUCCUAAACUGGGGAGGAUGCCUGGACAGGGAGAGCAUGUAGAUAAGGUCCAGUCUUCGUCCUCUCCUCCCCCAAGGCCGUUUUGGUAUCCUGCGGGCUUCCAAGAACGUAGUUCCUCAAAGCGGCCGUGUAGAUAAGGUCCAGUCUUCGUCCUCUCCUCCCCCAAGGCCGUUUUGGUAUCCUGCGGGCUUCCAAGAACCUGGUUCCUCAAAGCGGCCGCCAGAGGAUGCGCACCCUGGGAACCGGAUCGGGAAAGCUGCGGGAAUCUGCAGGGCGCUGGGGGCCGACUGUCCGGUGGAGGGGCAUAACCCUGGGGACUUCUUCCCAAGCUUAGUCCCCACUGCCUGACUCCCAGUCCUCGUAAUCGCAGCGCCUCUGCCCCUAGGCUCAGCCAGCCCCCAGAUAACGGGUACAGGUGGGGAAACUGCUUCCACCAAGGGGGCGUGGUGAGGUCCGGGCGGCGGGAGGGUGGUGGAGAAGACGGGACGGGCGAUGGAACCCAGCCAUUCAAGCGCCUAGAGACCCGUGGAGCAAAGAGGAGAAACUGAGGCACAACGCAAUACGUAGACAUUCUGGGCAGGGUGCAGUACAACGAGACAACCUGCGGGAGGAAAGAAGGCGAAGACACAGAAGGAUUCGAGGGGAAUGAAAAAAAGGGUUAAGGGAAGGCUGGUACUGAGGAAAAUCAUCGCUGUCCGUUGCUUCCCGGCUCUCGUGCCCCUCCCCGAAGAAGACUCCUUUUCAGCAAAGAAGACAGCUUUUUCCAGUUGCCUUUCUUUCAUGUAAUACAAAUCUCAGA